GGGACCCAGGCGGUAAAUGGCCCGAGUAGGAGUCCCCUGAGGGGAGGCUCAGAGACUAGCUCUCUCUGCUCUCCCAUGGCCCUUUCCUAAGUUGGCAUCUGACCCCGAGGCCGUACCCUGGGGUGUCAACAGCUGGUGCCACCUUGUCUACUGCGGCCCAGCGUUCGGCCCCCUUCCCCCGGCACCCCCUUCCCCAGAUGGGCAGAAAGCGGCCCAUCUGCCUAUACCCUCCCUAUCCCAGACCAAGCCAUAAUCCCUUCCAUACGUGGGGAAACCCAUCCCAGGGGAGGAGGGGUCUUCAGGGGGGAGGCUGGGAGGCUGGGGACUGUGGACUGGUUAAAUCUGACAAUAUCUUUAUCUUCUCUUCCUGGAACCCUCCUCCUCUUCCCACCCUGCCCAGCUGUCCAGGCCCUGGCGGUUCCUGGUACAAGGCUGAGAGGUCUCAGGGGAGGGGAGAGAGCCUUCCCCUUGGGUGGCAAACAAAAGCCCUUCUUUUGCUGUGGCCAUUGGGGGGGGGUGGCAGGAGAAGGAGCUCUUCAGGGAGGGGCACACGUGCCUCCAGGGACCUGCACUCCCCGAGGGCCCCAGACAGUUCCUCAGCCCCGCGCCCGUGGACGGUUCAGCUCACCCUCGAGUGGCACAGGAAUCCCAGGCCUCUCAAGCUCACCAGCACCCCUCAGACACGCAGGGAUGCGGGACGAUGACAGCGACAUGCACAGCUUGUUCAAGGGACGUGGGUGGAGACACGCCGGCCAGGACAGCUGCUGAGGCCCCCUGCAAUGCACACCAAGCCCUGCUGCCCAGCACAUGUGCAAUUGAACUGCUUGCACUGGUGCAUGCGUCUGAAGAUCUCACGAUGGACUCUAGGGUCUCUGAGCCCCGGGAGCAGGACCUGACAGAGGCAGGGGCAGAGCAGGAACUGCGGUGGUUGGAGCUGGGCUCCGAGGAGGCCCCAGGAGCUGGGACAGAGGGGCCCAGCGCCCCACAGGCCUGGGGGCGCCUUCUGCAGGCCGUGUGGAAGGGUCGCCUGGGCCUGGCGACUCAGCUGCUGCGCCAAGGGGCCAGUGUGCAGGAGAGGGACCGCGCGGGCAGGACCCCGCUGCAUCUGGCCGUGCUGCGCGGCCACGUGCCGCUGGUGCGUCUCCUGCUGCAGCGCGGGGCCCGGGCCGUAGCCGCAGACCGCGCGGGGCGCACGCCACUGCACGAGGCCGCCUGGCACGGGCCCUCGCGGGCGGCUGAGCUGCUCCUACGGCGCGGGGCGUCAGCGAACGCGCGCUGCGGGGCCGGCCUCACGCCGCUGCACUGGGCGGCCGCUCUGGGCUGCACGCUGCUGGCCGGGCGCCUGCUGGAUGCACCGGGCCCAGGCCCCGCGGCGGUGGACGCGCGCGGCUGGAUGGCGGUGCACUGGGCGGCCUCGGGCGGCCGGCUGCCGGUGCUCGAGCUGCUGGCGGCGGGCGGUGGCGCGGGCCUGGACGGCGCCUUGCUCGUGGCGGCCGCGGCCGGGCAGUCGGCAGCUCUGCGCCUCCUCCUGACUCACGGGGCGCGGGUGGACGCCCGAAACAGCGCGGGAACCACGGCUCUGGGCGUCGCGGCCGACCUGGGCCGCCGGCAGGACAUGGAGAUGCUGCUUGAGCACGGGGCCGACCCAGGCCUCAAGGACAGGCACGGCCGCUCUGCACUCCACAGGGCUGCUGCUGGUGGACAUCUGCUCGCUGUCCAGCUGCUGGCCGCGUGGGGAGCAGAGGUGGAUGCUCGGGACACAUUGGGCUUCACCCCCCUGCACCACGCUGCCCGGGGAGGCCACAUGGAGGUUGCCGGCCACCUCCUGGCCAGGGGCGCGAAGGUCGACGCUGCUGGCUGGCUCCAAAUGACCCCCCUGCAUCUUGCCAUGGAGCGCGGCCACGGCUCCACUGCAGGGCUUUUGCUGAGCCGAGGGGCCAGUCCCAUCCGGAGGACGCAGUGGGGGGAGGUGGCCCAGGACCUGGGGCCUGCCGUCUGUGGAGAGCAGGAGGAGCCCUAGGGGCACAGGGCCCCAGGGCUGCAGGGCCAGAGCAGGACCAAAGGCUCCAGGCUCCCACGGCCUUCGGGGCAUGUAGGCUCCUCUCUGCUGGCCUGAGGCCACCUGCCAGGGUGCACGGGAGAACACCCCAGAGGUCCCUGGAGAAGAAGGAAGCAGUGGCUGGAGACCCAGCAAGAAGCGUGUAGCUGACCUGGAACCAUUCCAGACUCCCAGGGCCACGUCAGCCCUGCAGCUCCAGCCCUGUGCACGCUCUUUGGCGGAGAGACUGAGUCGUGGCUACAGAACUGACCAAAACCCGAUGGGCUCCCGUUUGUCCGUCCCCCCACCGGGGUGUCAGCCUCGGUGCUCCCCCCGGGCACACCGGCACCCUUACUGUGUUUCCUUAGAUUCAGUAUUUGUCUCUUGGCACCCACUCACUAAUGACAGGGCCAAACGGACGGCCAGUUGUCCUCCUCUCCCCUGCCGUCCCGACCCACCGCCCUGAACGGCUGCCUUCUCACACGUGCCCAGCUGACAACCCCCUGCCCGAAGCCGCCCAGGGCCAGGCCUGCCUCUGUGCACCAAGACCCCCUGGAUUAUCAAACAAACCAAUCAGAAGCUGUUUCCCUGCCCUGCCCUGCCUUUCCCACGGGAACCCCAAUAAAGGUCUGAGCCUUCCUCAGGCCCCUGCUUUUGCCUCCCGAUCAACACUGCUGCUUCUGCCUUUGUCCCUGUGGGGCGUGGUGUGCCCUCCCCUCAGGAAAUAUAAGGCAUAAAAAU